UCUUCAGCUAGAGACGUACAUCUGCCGACAACAGCCUGGAAACAGCUUGUGCAUUACCCACAGGUGUGAUGGGAGACUCUGUCUUCUUUAUGGUGAUUUUUGGGUUCUUCUGUCACAGCCACAGUCUGGAAAUACAGCAACCCCUGUAUGGAUCUAAAUGGACUCAGGAAAAUGUCUUGAAUCCUAGCGACUGUGUGUCCAGAACCACGCCUCAGCCGGUUCUAAACGCUCAAAAUUUUUCUGUGGAUCUCCGAAUGCCUGGUGUUAUUCCGACUGAGUGGACUUUAUUCCUCAUGCCAGUAUGGACACAGUUCACCACAUGCUGUUGUUUGGCUGCAUGAACCCUGUCUCCACCAGCAGCUUCUGGGACUGUGGCAGUGUGCAAGGUACUUGUAAAGAUGAAGCCUCCAUUAUGUAUGCCUGGGCUCGGAAUGCCCCACCAACAAAGCUUCCCAAGGGUGUUGGGUUUAGAGUUGGAAAAAACUCAGGAAUGUCCCACUUUGUGCUGCAGAUUCAUUAUGGAGAUGUCAGUGCUUUCAGAGACCAUCAUAGAGAUUGCUCUGGUCUUUCUUUAAAAAUGACAACAAAAAGGCAGCCAUUCAUUGCUGGCAUAUACCUGCUAAUGUCUGUGGACACAAUUAUACCUCCUGGAAAAAAAGUUACAAAUUCAGAUAUUGCCUGUGACUAUACUUCAUAUCCCAUCUACCCAUUUGCCUUCAGAACCCACACACAUCGUCUUGGUAAAGUGGUCAGUGGUUACAGGAUUCGUAACGGGAAGUGGAGCCUGAUCGGAAGGCAGUCUCCUCAGUUACCACAGGCUUUCUACCCUACUAACAAGGAGGUGAAUGUGCAGUACGGCGACACCAUGGCUGCCAGAUGUGUGUUCACUGGUGAGGGCAGAACCUCCAAAACCUAUAUUGGUGGUACCUCAAACGAUGAAAUGUGCAACUUCUAUAUAAUGUAUUACAUGGACAGUGAACAUGCCAUUCCCUUCAUGAACUGCAUGGAGACUGGUUCCAAAGAGCUGUUUAGACACAUUCCAGCAGAGGCAAAUGUUCCCAUCCCUGUCAGUCCAGAUCAUAUGAACUCUAUGAUGCAUGGAGGACAUUCCUCUACAGUUAAGGGACAACUCCUAAAUUCCAACAAAGAGGAGCAGGUUCUGGAUCAGGAGUAUCAUUUGGACCACGUCUCAGCAUGGCCAGGGAGUUUUCUUCAGCUGGGUCAGGUGUCAGGACUUGCAGUUGACUCGGACUCUAACCUGGUCAUUUUUCACCGAGGUGACCACAGCUGGGAACGGGAUUCUUUUAACAUCCAGGCUAGAUAUCAGCAGAGGUCGUUGGGUCCUAUUCAACAAUCCACUAUAUUGGUUGUGGACCCAGCCCAAGGUAGAAUCCUGAAAGCUUCAGGCAGAAACAUGUUCUACUUGCCCCAUGGCAUAACUACAGAUGAGGAUAAUAAUUACUGGGUGACUGAUGUUGCUCUUCAUCAGGUGUUAAAAGUUAGCGGUGACGGCAGAGACGGAGUCCUGCUGAAACUGGGAGAGGCUUUCACACCUGGAAGUGACGUCAACCACUUCUGCCAACCUACUGAUGUUGCUGUUGACACCGAAACCGGGAACAUCUUUGUGUCUGAUGGCUACUGCAAUGCAAGAAUAUUGAAGUUUUCUGCUAAUGGCAGAUAUCUGUCUCAGUGGGGUGCAGGCUCAUCAGACAGACGUACACCAUUUCAGAUCCCCCACAGCCUGGUGUUCUUUCCUGACAAAAAGGAAGUUUGUGUGGCCGACAGGGAGAAUGGACGCAUCCAGUGCUUCUUAGCUGAAACUGGGGAGUUUGUUAAGGAAAUAAAAAAAGACGAGUUUGGAGGAAAGGUGUUUGCCAUUGCCUCCACUCCUGCUGACGAUGAUUUGAUUUACGCAGUAAACGGGGAAUCACUGUAUCGCUCAACUCCACUCAAAGGUUUUGUGAUCAGUUAUUCAAGCAAAAGAAUUUUGGAUACCUUCAGCCCAAACAAGAAGGAGUUUAAAAUGCCCCAUGAUAUUGCUGUAACUCCAGAUGGGACUGUCUUUGUUGGGGACGCGGGCAGUAAAAGAGUUUUCAAGUUUACUGCUGAGAAGUUGCAUCGCUCCGUCAAGAAAGCUGGAAUUGAGAUCCAAGAACUUCUAGAAUUGGAGACAUUUGUCCAAAGCAAGAUGAAGCAAGAUCACAACAUGUCAAAGACUGCCGCUACCCAAGAGAAGCAAACUGUAGCUGGGAAAAGUGACCCGCUGGUCAAAGUGGAAGAAAUGAAAAGCACACCCAGGUCGAAUGAAAAGAAGGGUGUCCUUCCAGCUGUCAUCACCGCCCUGCUUCUUAUUCCUCUGCUGCUUGUCUUUGUUUUUGGAGUCUUCAUGUGCUGGAGGAAAAACAGUAAAUCUGUGGGCUCUUUGAACCUGGGGAAAUUCUUUGCCUCUCACAAGGAAUACACUCGUCAAGGCUUUGACCAGCUGAGUACUGAAGGCAGUGACCAAGAGAAGAAUGUUGAGGACAGCAGCGACUCUGACAACGAGGAGUACUCUGCUCCACCUCCUCUUCAGUCCUCUUAGGAAGUCUGGAGGGACUCGCUGCUCUUCAGCUUCUCUGCUGUGGUUCCUCACUGUAUUUGUAACUGUUGUGUUUGCUGAAAGCCUUGCUAUUUAAUGUAUAUAUUUAAAUGUGGUAUAGUGUUUCAAAUGAACUUGCCAGUCCUCUAAAUAGUCUUGGUGACAAAAAAAAGUAUAUAUGUAUACAGCAUAUUUUUAAAGUUGCUUUUAUGGAAGCUAUUAGCACAAUACCUAUUCAACGUUUAGCCUUAAAACAGGAAAAAAAAAUUUUUUUUUUAACAUUUUUUUAUUUAUUUAUGUUAUAAAACCAGUUUAACAAAACCUUGCAGGUAUUUUAAGUCAACUGGACACAGUUGGUUGUUCUGCCACCUCUAAAGUGUCAUUCUCGAAUCGUUAAAAUGAAAAUGUAGCCCAUGAAUACAUUCCCAUUAUUUUACAUCAAGUCCUUUUGCACAUUUCUGUUUAAUAUGGUAUUUUAUGAUAUUUUUUUUAUUUGACCAUUUCAUUGAUGUCCAAUGAUGUUUCAGUUAUGUUUGCCAUUUUACAUUUCGAUAAACGCUCCCGAGCGGCUGUGUGACUCUAGCAGUUUUUAAUUAGAAGUUGGUGCCACCUUACUCUAAUGGUUACAGGUUUUUGUUUGUGCGUAACGAGCUGUGCAAAAUACCAGAACUGGAUUUAAAUGCUGCUUUUUCAUUUAUUUUCUACAACAUUUCAUUGUCAAACUAAAAGUUAAUUAAGUAAAAAUAUUCAGAAAAGUUCAAAUAGAAA